UGGUAGCCUGCCUCAGACUGAAUGCAGCCUUUUAAAGUGACGGAGGGCUGUAAUUUGAGAGUAGCAGAGAGGUAUUAUUAGCCAGAACCGGAGCGCGGCACUUGAGACAUCCAGAUGUUGCGUUUGAGGCACCAAGUGGAGUCGGGUGAAGGCUACAACUGUUUUCCACGCUGAGACAAACUUUUUCAUACAUUGCUUUCCUGCUCUUUGAAAGUGAUGGGCGCUUGCAGGCAAUUGAAGGAAGACAAGUGAGGCUGUUAAGACGAUUUCAAGCAAUAGUAUCUGUUGGACGAAGAGGAUAUUGAGGAGGACGUUUAAAGCUGCAACAAAGCCUGAAGCAGCUGCGCAGUCUGGACUUUUAAUCCCGGUUGAGAUGAUUGUUUCACACCGGGUUGGAAUUAAAUAGCAUUGUAGGUGCACACUGUCUCACGCUUUAAAAACUCUGAUACUCCUUGUUUGUGAGUGCACUUUGAAUAUCAUGGCUUUUCUUCAAUUGCUCCUGUGCGCCGGGAUGUUAUCACUGCCGAUGUGUGGUGCGUUUUUCGCCGGACCGCUACAUCCGGAGAUGUCCAAUGGCACUUUUCAUCACUAUUUCGUGCCUGAUGGCGACUACGAGGAGAACGAUGACCCGGAGAAAUGCCAGAUGCUCUUUAAAAUGACUGACGAGAGAAAGUGUGGACUGCCCGAGGACCAGGACGCAGUGAUAAAGGAUGAUUUCACCAUCAUCAAGAGGCAGAUUGAAGACUCGGCCAGGGUGCUGGAGGGCAUCGGGAAAAGCAUCUCCUACGACCUGGACGGAGAGGACAGCUACGGGAAGUAUCUGCGGAGGGAGACGGCUCAGAUAAGCGAGGCAUUUACAAACUCGGAGAAAUCUCUGCUGGAGCUGGAGGUGAAAUUCAAGCAGAGCCAGGAGAGCGAGCUGAGAGAGGAGCACCGGCUCAACGACGACUUCCUCAACAUGAUAGUGCACACGCGGGAUGUCCUGAAAGACACGCUGGACAUUUCUCUGGGACUGAGGGACAAACACGACCUCCUGUCUCUGAUCAUCCGCAGCCAUGGCACGAGACUGAGCAGACUGAAGAACGAAUACAUGAAGUUCUGAAAAAAACGAACCAUGAACGUCUCAUUACAGUAUUUUAAUAUUAUUGUUAUUAUUAGGAUAUAUAUUUUUUGUACUUUCUUGUGGUGGAGUGUGACCACGAGGCUGAGGCAAGAGUGAUGAAUGUUACCAAUCAUAUCAGGGAUGAAAAACAAAGUUUAAUCAUGCAUCUAAGAUACAAAAGAAUACAUCAUUAAUCCUAAAUCCAGAGCAGGAGUUCACUUCAUGAGUCUCUGCAAAAAUAAGAUUCUAUAGGUGAUGUAUGAAUGUGCUCAAAAGACAACCAAAGUGGACAUUUAUAUGUCUUAUUAGAUUCAGGAUUCAAUUUCCUUUUUGCGUCCAUUAUAUGCACACCAGAAAUCAGAAUGUCAUUCUCCAGUUUUCUAUUUGUUCUCUGGAAAACUUAAACAUCCAUACAAACGUAGUCAUGUGGUAAUGUUUGGCUGAGUUUGCUGAGGUUACCUUUCUCCAAAUUUUGAUUACAAAAAAGCAAACAAUGCAUUUUUUCCAAGUCACAAAAAGUGCCAUCUGUCAAAAUCUGUUUUAAGACCUGCUCAGUUUUGGUUUACAUUGUGCUCAAUGAAGUGGCAUUCCAAAAAAAGAGACAUUUAGAAGUAUGAUAAACGUAAACUGUACCAUUUGCAUCCUGUGUAAUCAUGGCAGGAAUAUCUGGUGGGGUUGCGUAACCAUCUGGCAACAUAAAACCAAAACUACCAUAAAUGCUGCCUGCGGUUAGUUACUCUAUAAAGUCUUUUGGACUCUAUCUCACUCCAAAAAAAUCAGACUUUGUAAUUUAAUGUAACCCAUUUGGAAUGGGAAAUAGGAGUAAUAUCCUCUCCUGCAGUGUCUGUAGCUUUAUGUGACAAUAUAGUAAUAAAUCCUCUGGACAAAGGACCACUGACAAAUUAUACAUUGAUAAAAGAACCAGAGAAAAUGCAGGUUUUCUGAAAGAUCCAGCAAACCUUACACUAAAUCAAAUUAGAGUACCUCAUCAUAUUGAUGCAAAAGGCCAUAUAAAAAUCCAAUAAUGCCAUUAAGUGGUCAUGUUCAGUGAUUUGUAAUGCACCCACAGAUAUUAAGGAGAUAACUGCCUCAAUAUAAAGGUAUAAAAAUCUAUAGACAAUUAUCUGGCUGUAGAAACUGUCAUAUUGGCCAUUCAAGGGUCUCCUUGAAUGGCCAAUAUGUGUAACACUCAGACAUUACACUGCAAAAGGUGGUUUCAUCACUGUUCUUUCAUCACAGACAGAAAGGACGGUGGUAUUAUCUUGUAAUUCAUUAAGGCCUUCAUGUAACUUAAACAUGAACUGUCCGCCAAUCAAUAGGCCACACUAAAACUGCCUCUUUUAUGGUCCUAUGUGGUUAGUGCAUUGAAUUAACCUGUCAACAGUCAGGUGUGUGAGUGUGUGUAUGCAAGAAUGUGUGUGUUUAUGUAUAAAACAACAGCUUUAAACAUGAGUCAGCCAAUCGACAGAGUGAGAACAGUGAACUGUCGUCAGAUGAAGGGUUUUCCAAACUUCAUUCAGUCCUCCCUGAGCAGUGAGGAGAGAGUUUUGGAGACUUUUCAGCUUACUCACUUGAGGUUUAAGUAAGAAAUCGAACACAUAUUCACUUGAAAAUGCUCUUGUUCAAGGUUUUUUUUAACCUAAAAGUUGAAAAAAUAUUUUUGGAAUAUCCUCAUAGCAGCCCAGAUAGUAGCGAAACAGUGGGAUGUAUGGAGCCAUGUUUAAUCUUCCAACAAGGGUGACUGUUCUUGUUGCUCUUCUCUGACAAUCCACAUGAAUGUUUCUACAAAUACCAAGUAAUGUUUACAUAUGGACAUCUAUCUGUUGCAUUAUUUUUGCUUUAAAGGCUGGCAGACUUUGCACAAUUCUUUACUGCUCUGGUGCUAAAGGUUGUGACAUGGUUUAAAAGCCUUUCCUGUGCAGCUUUGCACAGGCGGUAUAAUCUUGUAAAAUGUACAGUGUAUUAUCAGAAAUAAGUAAAUACUGUGAGUGCCAAUAUCUUUAUUACAGAACACCAUGCUAUGUAUUCAUUGUUUAUAUAAGAUUUUUAAAUAGAGCAGCAUAUAUCUAUUCUUGUUUACCUUUGAGAUACAGUAUUUGGUGAUAAAACUUUGACAGAUAAGACUGCAGGCAGCACUCAAGGACUUCAGUGUCAAACAUAAAUAUGUGUGGCAUUAUCAGCGGAUUGUGUUGUGUCUUCUCAAAUAAAGAGUUUGUGUUGUAAAAUUAA